AUAUAAGAGUUACAUAAUUAGAAUUAAUCUAAAGUAUUUUAAUAAGAAUCCGAAAGCAAAAAUAAAUUAUUAAUACUUACAUAAGAAAUCGAAAAACUCACCUAAAUUAUUAAUUUGAAAGAUAAGGAAAUUCAAGAAUUACAUAAUUAAAAUUAAUCCAAACUCUAUAUUUUAUAAUCAGAAACCGAAAAUUAAAAUAGAAUCCUUAUUUUGACUUAAGAAAUAGAAAAAUUAACACAAAUAAUUAAUUUAAAAGACCGAGAAAUAUAGGAUUUGAAUUAAAAAAUACGCAAUUAACAAUCGGAAACUGAAAAUAAACAAAAAAUAGUCAUCCUUAGUUAAGAAAUCGAGAGAUUAAAUUCAAUGAUAUUAAAACAAAAUACCGAAUAGGAGUUUUUCAAAAAAACCCAAUAAGAAGAAAGCUCUAAAUAUAGAGAAAAAGCCUUAAUUUUAGCCUAAGAAAUAGAAAAAAUAAGCAAAAUAAAUACUGAAUAAUUCGAAAAAAUUAAAAACUAAGAAAAUAUUAUUCUUUAAUUAGAAAACAAAAUAUCUCUCCUAUCUUCCGAACUUUUAAGACAAUCUAACUUUUUAAAAGAAAAAGAAGGCUCUGAUAACCAAAAACUCAUCCUAGUUUAACAAAUCGAAUAACUUAAAAGAAUAGUAGAAGACAAAGAGAACAUUAUAUUCCAAAUGGGGAAAUAAAUAGUCCAAUUAGAGGACUAAAAAAGGGAAAUUCCUUAAUAAAAUAACCAAAAUAUGCACCUAGAGUAAUAAAUAGUUCUCCUAUCUUCCCAAAUAGAGUACCAAACGAACCUAUAGACCGAAAAAGAACAAAAAAUACAAGAAUAUAGACGAGAAAUAGAGCGUUUAUAAGUAUGUGAAGCGGAAAAAAAUUAAUUAAAUAAGCAUAUUUAAGUACUUUCGGAAGAAUUGGAUAGAUUAACACGUCUUUUAAGCGAAAAACAAGACGAAAUUAGAAAUUCAAGAGUCUUUUAGGAAGACAAAAGAAGAUUAGAAUUAUUAAUUUAAUAAUUAUAAAUGGAAAACGAAUCUUUGAAAAUAAGAAAUAAUAAUAGUAUAGAAUAGGAAAAUCAAAAAAACACAUACGAGUAAAAAAUAGCUAUGCUUUCAAGCGAAAACUAACGAAUGAGAAUUUUAAUGGAUGAAAAUAACAAUAUAAAAAGCGUUAAUAGAGAAUUAGAACAUAAGUUAAUGGUUUUGGGUGAAGAAAUUGAAAGAUUAAAUAAAAGUUUAGCCUUUUUAUAAGAAGAAAAUAUGAAAUUAGUAAAAAAGAGUUCCUUUUAGAAUAAUAAUUAAGAUAAUUAUAUACUUUUGGAAAAAAUACUGUUUUUAAGUGCUUAAAUGGAAAGUUUAAUUUUACAAAAAUAAGAAUUUUUAUAGAAAAUAGAAUAAUUGGAAAGCUAAAAUAGAUUAUUAAAUGGAUAAAAAAUAGAAUAUUAAAAUUAAUUAAAAUACUAUAAUGAAAAAGUAUAAUAGUAAGAACAAUAAUUAGGAAAUUUAUAAGAAUAAGUCAAAAGAACAUCAAAUAAACCCAAAUAAAUCAACACUGAAGAAUUAUAAAUGAUAAACGAAUAACAUUAAUAACGAGUCAUUAUUCUAAAUUAAUAAAUUGAAUAUAUUUAAUAGGAAAAUAACGUCAUAAGACAAUAAAAUAGUCAAUUAUAAUAAGAAAUAUAAUAAAUAAAAGCCUCAAAUAGUCAAUUUUAAUAAUAAUUAAAUCAUCAAUAAUAAGAUUUUUCCUAAAUAAGACUAUCCAAUAGCACAUUAUAGUAAGAAAUAGUAUAAACUAGGAACAUAAAAGACUAAUUAUAGUAAGAAAACAAUUAAUUAAAAAACCAAAUAAACGACAUUAAAUAAAAAAUGCAAGUAUUAUAAGAAAACUAAUAUAAUAUGUAAGACAUAAAUAACCUAAAUGAAUAAUUAAACGAUAAAAUAAACGAAAAUGAAAAUUUAGUGGAAGAAUAUAACCGUUUAUAUUAAGAAAUGGAAAUAAAUAAACACUAAUGGAAACAAAUAGACUCCGAAAAAAUACUUUUGUAAGAACAAAAUACUAAAAACGAAAACACAAUUAGAUAUUUGCAAAACUAAUUAACCUAAUAUUAAAUAGAAAACUCUUAAAUACAAAAUUUAGGUAAAUUAGAACAAGAAAAAACACUAUUAGGACUCGAAAUUGAAAGACUAAAUAAUAUACUCAAGGAAAAGCUCAAUCUAAUCGAAAAUUAACAAUAAAAUAUAUACUAGUUGGAGACUUAUAGAUACUAAUGUGGAGAAAAAUAAAUCAAAAUAGACUAAAUGGGGAAAGAAUUGACUGAAUUAUCAAUUGCCUAUACUGAAUUAAUUAGAAUAAGUGAAUAAUAGAGCGGUGUAUCCCAAAACGAUCAUUUAGAGGCAAUUAAGAGGCUAAAAAAAGAACAUGAAAUUGAAAUUGAGGACAUUAAAAGACAAAUAGACACUAAAUUUAAUGAAGAACUUUAAAGGUAAAUUCAAUUAAUCUUAAGUGAACAAGAAAGUGUAAAGAGAUCAUAAAAAUCAAAGGAAAAUGAACACUAUGAAAAUCAGAUAAGGGAUUUAUAGAAAUAAUUAAUGGAAGCUUUAGGAAAUGAAGAAUACUAAAUGAAAUGGAAAGAAAAAUUAGAAAAAUUAGAAAUGUGGAGAAUUCUAGAAUUGGAAGAAAUGAAAAAAAACCUAGAAUAGUAUAAAGAUAUACAGUUCUAACCGUCUUAAGUAAUCUCAGAAGCCGAAAGAAUAGCUUAUAGUACUUAAAUUAAAUAACUUUAGCAUAAAAUAUAGGAAUUGGAUGAAAAUUAUAGAUAUUAAUUGGCUGAAAAUGAUGAGCUCAAAACUGUUAAUGCCAAUCUAGUUAAAGAAAGUUAGAAAUUCGGAAAAAAAAGCCAUGAGUUUUCGAAUUAUGAGAGGUAAAUAAUCUAAAUUACAGAUUAAAGGAAUAAUGCGGAAGUAAAAUGUAGAAAAUUGGAAAGUAAAUGUAGUUAAUUGGAAUGUUAGUUAACGAAUUUAAGUUAGGAAUUUCAUUAAAUUUAAGAAUAAACUGAAAUUUUAAAGCAAUAAAGAGAUAGUGCACUAAAGAAAUAGAUAAUGUAAAAGAAAAUACGGAGAUUAAUCAGGAGAUAAUUCAAACUUAAAUAAAAAUAAAUAAGACAUGUUAUUAAGAGAAAUAGAUGA